AUGGAUUAUUUUGGAGAUUUGUUCCGCUCCAGUGGGUCAAGUAUGAUGGAGGAAAUUUUUUCUGGUUUGGAGCCUAAAGUGACGGAAGAUAUGCAACAAGUACUAAUGGCAGAUUUCUCGUAUGAGGAGAUCAAAGAUGCAGUUUUUCAAAUGCAACCUUCAAAGGCACCUGGUCCAGAUGGCCUCCUUCCUUUGUUUUUUCAGAAAUAUUGGUGA